CCGACUGGGUUGAUUUAUUGAAUAUUAUUUUAUGAGCGGUUAGAUUUUUGCAUGAUUUGUUCUGAAAAAUAUACAGAAAUAUAAAAGUGAAUGCGGAUAUAAAAUAUGUGUGUAUGACAUAAGUAUGCACAAUGCCACUAUGUAGAGAAUGUAUUCUAUCAUUGGCACAGUGCAAGAUAACGAGUUUUAAUCAAUGUGCAACAAAGGGAAUGUAAAGAAGGGAAAAGAGUAGUGGUGUGAUGUAUUGAUAAAGAGACCCAGAGGGAGUGAAAUUGUUUGUGAUACCACGGAAAAAUUGCAAAAUUGCAGCAAUGCUAUAAAUUCAAGUUGGAAAGCGAAAUUAAGUAAUGAAACGAUAUUAAUCACCAGAAUUUCUAUUUGUUGUCCAUUCCCUCCUGUAGGGGAAUAGCAAGGGAAAAGAAAAUAGGGAAUAAACUACGGAAAAAUCAAAGCGAAAAACGUGCAAAAGAUAAAAGUGGAUUGAAGUGGGAAAAUACUUAAGUGACGAUAUCUUGACGAGAACUAUUGAAUUAAAAAUAAAAACGGUGACUAUAAAUUAAUUCAAAACAUUCAGAUGGAAGAAGUGGCUUACAGUAUGUCUCUAUCUUGAUAGUAUUGUACGUUUCGUUGUGUGUGAUUCAUUCCGGGAUGACAGCAAGCUGGCAGCUAUAACUCGCAAUUCCCUUAACAUGUGUAGACUUAUGUGUAUUUAUAAUAAUAUACAUUUUUAACAUGAGGCGUAAAAGAUAGUAGAUAAAAAUUGUUUGCCAUCACAUUUAAGCCUGGGUCUUCCUACAUAAAUAGCGGAGUGGAACCUCAGCAGAUAAACCCAAAAAUAAAUGAAUAAAAUAAAAUUUUAUUACGCAGUAUUAGAGAAAUAAGUGAAUUAGAAUAAAACAAAAGAAAAAAACGGUAAACGGAAAACGGUAACAGAAGUAUCUGCUUCGAUACAGAAAAAAGUCGUAGCAGUUAAUUCUCAACGAAAAAUGGGAAAGUUAUUGAGUUUAUUGGCACGCGAUGAUUCAAACUGUUGCGCAGCUAAAUCCUACGAUGUGUUUUUAGACUUUGAAAACGCGGCGCCGACAGAUACUGAGCGUGAGAUAUUCGACGAAGUGGAGCGUGUUCUAAAGGAAUCAGAGAUCGUACUGGAGGAAAUUCAAGUGUAUAAGGGUGCUGGUAAAGAGAUUCGUGAAGCCAUUGCUGAUCCUUCACCAAAAUGUCAGGAAAAAGCUUGGGAUGCAGUUUUGCCUUUGGUGAAGAAGCUGAAACGAUGUUACGAGCAUUCUCUGGAACUGGAAAAGAUUGUCCCGAAAUUGCUGGGUCAAUUGGUUGGUGGCAAGCUGAAUCCCACACAACAUCUGGAGACGCAACAAGCACUGGUCAAACAACUAGCCGAAAUUCUGGAGUUUGUCUUAAAAUUCGAUGAAUAUAAGAUGAAGACACCUGCGAUACAGAAUGAUUUCAGCUACUAUCGGCGCAUAGUUAGUCGACAGCGCAUCGACCAGACCAAUAGCAUGUUGGUUAGCACGGAAUUGGCUAAUCGUAUGUCCCUCUUCUACGCACAUGCUACACCCAUGCUUAAGGUGCUCAGCGAGGCGACGUCCAAAUUUGUCAACGACAAUGCUGACGAUGUGGAGAACACGACAGAAACACUUGGCACAAUGGCCAAAGUAUGCUUGCGAAUGCUUGAAAAUCCUAAAUUACUUCAGCAGAUCGAGCGAGAGGAAACACAUCUGCUGGUGCUACGAGUAAUGGUUGGCCUUGUUAUUUUGUACGAUCAUGUACAUCCGGUAGGAGCAUUCGCACGUGGCUCACAUGUCGACGUUAAAGGUUGUGUACGCUUGCUCCAGGCGCAACCAGCCAUCAAGGCGGAGCCGUUGCUAAAUGCGUUGCGUUACACGACAAAACACCUAAACGAGGACAACACACCGAAGAAUAUACGCAAUCUAUUAGCAGCAUAAUAGUGAAGGCAGUGGCGCCGAUAGCGCAGGAGCAAACCGCCAUCAACACUGCUAUUAUCUUUUCUCAACCACAGUCACUACCGUCAUGGAAUAUGUGUAUCACUAGCAAAAGAAAAACAAUAAUCUUAAUAACAAAUUGAGCGAAAAAUGCAUGGAAUCGUGGUUUUACAUUUUUACAUAUUCACAUACAAACUUAUUCUAAGUAACUAAAAUUCUGUAAUGUUAAUGAAGACAAGUAGAAUUGCCACAAGAAAAACACAAGAUUAGGACAGAAGAAUAUCUGUAGCUAUAGAAAAGGGGUAAAGCCCAGUUUUUAACAUUUAUAAUAUGAACUUAUGGCUUUUAGUGUGCUUUUUUGAUAUGCUUUCACAAUUUUUAAUAAAUUUGAUUCGAGUAGGAAAUUUGCAUUGUACAUCCUGAUAAAAGCGAUGAGCUCAUAGUCAGUCCUAUUGUUAACGUUUUAUAUUUUAUAACAGUAAUAGUAUAAGAGUAGGGAUGGUGCAGAGACAACAUAUCUAUUUUGCAAAGGAACAAUAAAUGAACCGCAUAUAUUUGGUGCAAAAUCUUGAGUUGUACACGUAUCAUAAAUGAAUGCGAUGAAAGUUAGUUAAUGAAUGAAAAAUAUUGUAUUGUGAAAUUAAUUUAAUUAUUUAGAUAUAAGUUAUUAAAUGCUUAUCAGAUAAACUUUAAGUAUUUUUCAUUUUACUGUAGUCGUUCAAAUAUUAUGAAGUGCAAGAGCAAAGAAAACCACAUAAAACCUGUAAAUUUAUUUAUCUUUACAAGUAAUUACAAAUUGGGAAUGGCAGUUAGUUUAAAGUUAAAAGAAAAACAUUCCUUAAUAGUUUGUAUAGAACUUGUACCCUUCAUUAGUUUCUUUAGCCAUCAAUUGUUGUACAGCCCUAUGCAUAGUCUUGCGAAUAUUGCAGAUCAGGUUGAGAGUUUAAAUAUAUGAAUUUACAAUAGUCGCCCGGUGGUAUAGACACUCAAAUAUAUGAAAACUUAAAAGAGCGAACAGCAAAAAUAUACGAAAUAAAUCCAUUAUAAAUUGGUGAACAUUA